AUGGCAUAUUCACAAAUAACAGAGGAAGUGCAAUUGAAAAGAAUUGAUGAUAGCUUUGUAGAUAUUAGUCUCAGCGAUGAUGGAUCACAACUAAUAGAUUACUUUUCUCUUGAUGAUGUGACACAAGCCGCAAUUGAUACAUUACAAAAUAGUAUAAAGGGUACUGAACUUGAAAAUGAUCGUGAAACACAAUUGUUAAUUCAAUUAAUUGCCGGUUCAAUAAAUUAUUCUUCAAAAUCUGUUGUCAAUCGUAUUAAAAGACUUCGAGAAAUAUUACUUAUUGGCAAAGAAAUAAUCCAAGAAAUUAAAAAAGAUCGAGAGGAAUAUGUGAAAAUGGAUUGUACGUUCCGAUCACUGAUUGAAAUUUUGUUUAAUUUAAUUAAAAAAUGUAAAAAUGACCUUUGUUCAAAAUUAACUACUUUAGAAUUGGCGAAGGGUGAAUUAAAUGUUAUAAUUGAUGUAUUAUAUCCCGAAACUCGAACGAUGUCGACAAGCGCCCAACCAUUGAAGUUACUUUCAACAGAAGAUCGUCAUGACAUGCUACUAUCAGUAAGCACAUUGAAAGAAACUUUUCAGGAUAUUAUUGGUGAAGCAACUACUCAUAUUAAAGAAUGCCAAGUAUUGAAAGAGAAUGUAAACAGUUUUCAAUAUCAGCAGGUUCAACCAGUACAACAGCGAGUGAGUAAGCGUCUGCGGUUUUGGAAAACGCAUAUACGGCACAUCGCUGGAGGAGGUGUAGCUGGAGCCGCUGUUGGUGGUGGUGUUGGUGGCGGAUUAAUUGGCCUUCCGAUAGCAGGUGCGGUAGGUGCUGUUGUUAUUGCUGGCGUUUCUUUUCCGCCGGUAGCAGUAGCUAUGGUGUGUUUGGUAGGUGGUGCAGUUGCUGUUGGAGGUUUAACAAUAGCAAUUCUCCGAUGGAUGAAAAACUCAUACUUAAAAGAACAAAAGAAGAUUUUCGAUUGGUUAAAUAAAUUAUUGGAGCAAGUUAAUGAACUAUCGUUAGAUACUGAGACUCUAGAAAGAAGUAUGGUGAAAUCGAAACAGGGUUUGGUUGAUGUUGGAAAUAGCUUAAGUGCUCUAAUGAAUGCAUUAUCAAGUGAGAGACAUCGAGAGGCGCAUUCAAAACUUUGUCAACAAGCUGUCAAAAAUUGCCAAGAAGUGAUCGAUAGUAUUAAAGAAUUAGAACUCAUGGAUUUUGAUUAUGAGUGGAACGAAGAAAAAAGACUUUGUUUUAGACAAGGGCAUGCAUUACCGUUGGAAUAA